AUCCUGCUCAGACCUGUUUCUGAAUAUUGAUAUUCAGAGCAGAUUAAACCUGAGCUCCAUCUGCUCCUGACACACUUGAGACAGACCGCCUGCCUCAGACACCCAGAACUCCAGAACACGACAGAGUUUGUCAAAGGAAGCUUUGAAAAAGCUGAUGAAACUGAAUUGAGAUGAUUUCUUGGCUGGUUCUCCGUGGCAGCAGAGCCGGCGGGUCGGUGUGUCCCAGCACGGCAGCUCCGGGCAGCGGCGGGAGCUCCUGUUUAUCCAGAGAGAGAGCCGCCCUGCAGCAGCUGAACAGGAGGCUGGCUUCAUACCUGCAGCAGGUCAAGCAUCUCGAGGCAGCCAAUCAGAGGCUGGAGCAUCAGAUCGAGGAGGAGCUGGACAGAAAGUGUCCCCGAGAGUUGAGGUGGCUGGACGGACACCUGAGGACCGCCUCCCUGCUGCAGGGCCAGAUCAGUGAAUGUCUCUCGGCCCAGGCUCAGGCAAAGCUUCAGUUACUCGAAGCAGAACUCACCGUCUUCAACCUCAAAGAAAGGUGCCAAAAGGUGCGUGAGCAGUGUACUCAGCUGGAGGCGGAGCUUAGUGACCUCGGGCUGCUGGGGGAGGUCCUGAAAGUUCACAGUCUGCCUGAGCUUCAGAAUCUGCUGAAUGAGCAAAAGCAAGAGAAAGCGGAUCUGCAGACUCAACACCAGCAGGUGGACCACCUGAGACAGACGAGUGUUGGACACCUGGACAAGAACAAGAGCAAACCCAGGUGCAAGACUCAGCUGUCCAUGCAGAGCAUUUCACAGGUGACCUUUGACCCUUCAUUGGGGUCAGACGCUGACAGAGCCGAGCUAGAAGCAAUGAGGAGAGAAGUGUGCUGUCUGACAGCAGAACUGACGCGACUUCAGGCUGCGGUCUUGGUGUUGGAGUCCUCUGGUCGGGAGCAGAAGGAGUCAUUACUCCAGCAGCUGGUGGUCCUACAGGAGUCAGCAGAUGGUUUGUGCAGAGACCUGGACUCGGUGCUCCAGGCUGCAGCACAGCAGGCUGCAGACCAGCAGUCACUGCUGGACGUCAAGAACCAACUGGGGUCCGAGAUACAGGACUACAAGCAGCUGCUGGACAGCGCGGACCGUCAGGGAGUUUCACAUGUCGACUUUAACUCCAAGCCAGAUGUCAGAUCUUCCUGUCUUGAGACCAGAAAACCCACAUUCAGGAGCAACAAGACGGUGAACAGAACCGUCGGUGUUCAUGGCGGCCGCGUUCACACUCUUGAACAAACACCAAUAGUUUCACCGAAAACAGCGACUGCAGCCCAGUCAGAUUUUGUCCACAACAAACAUCCAAAUAACUCACCUAGAACACUGACCAAGCCUCUGAUGGAGACCAUCCAAAACUCUGAAAACCAGAGAACAGUAGUGCUUUAUAAAAAAGUGUGCAAGUCCAUCAUAUCUACAGAGACAGGCAACAGACAGAGGAGCCCUGUGGAAGUUCUUACUAAAGAUCGUGAUGUUGGGGCUCAAACUAGCCGAGACGUGCGAGCUUUGGUCAAGACCUUUACUUCCAAACAAGCUGGUUCACUCUCUACUGACACAGGGACAGACAUGGAAACUAACAAAAACACUCCUUCUGCAGGACCAGACGUAAUUCAAAAAACACAUUUUGUAAUGUAUGAGACCUCGUUUCAUCUCUGCAAACCAGUUGCUGUUGAGGUAAAAGUGAGAGAAGCUUUCAUCUUUACUCAGAUGGAUCCAAUUGAAGCCUCCUUCCAAACAAAGGAAAAAGAUCCAACAAAGAUCAUCAUCAGGGAGGCUGAGACUCCACCAGAAGCUGUCAGGGACAUGGAUGAAAAUGUCAGUACAGUGCACAAGCCAGGAUCUCCUCCAGUGUUUAGAUCAAGUAAGGCUCAGGUAGCCCUUAUGAAAGAAACCGAUACAGGAACAAAUGGAAGGUCUGAAACAGUAGACACAGAAGAUGUUCUAAUCCUUGAUCAGAGUUUGGGAUUGUCCAAAACUGAACUGAAGAAACUCAUAGAAGACAAACCUGCAGUGCAUGACAAUGAACAUUUUUUGUCUAGUAUCUCAGAAAUUAAUAACAAGCUUCACAGUAAAACUACAAGUGCUGAGAACGUAAAGGAAGAAGUAGACAAAGUAGAAGAACUCCACGACUGCAAGGAAGUGAAGAUGAACCAUCUUAAAUCAGAAAAUGAGCUGAUAAAUCUGCAAAGUCAGGAGAUAUAUUUCAGUACUACAAACUCAGAAAUGUCUUUAAGCCUAACUGAUUCUGGUGUGGCUUUAAGUUCCUCCAGCCCUGAAGAGCAUCAGAGUCCAAGAGAAGAGGAAUCAAUGAGUCCAACAAAGCCAGAUGCAUGCUUGAAUCCAGAAAAGUGUUCAGUGAAGAGUUCCACUGAGCCAGAACCGGAUCUCACACCAAACGAUCCACACAUAUGUUUAAACCCAACUGAGGAUAUGACUGAGGUGGAUGAUGGGCUUGUAGACAGAAAGGAAGAAGCAGAAGAUACUUUGAUUGUCCUGAGUUUAGAUAAAAGUUUAAUAAAUAUGUCCAACAACAAACUUGUGAAGGAUGCAGAUUCAUGGACCAGUGUCGGCAUUUCUUCUCCAGAAAGCAAGGAAAACCAAAAGUGUUAUAUCCAACAUACAGAUAGUUUAAAGGCAGAAGUGGAUGAAAUGAAAACAGUCAACAAUGCCAGCGAGGUAAAGCUGGAUCCAGUCGAGUCUAAGAAGGAGACAGGUGAUCUUUCAGGUGAAGAGGCGUCAAGUUUAACAGAUUCUGGUGUCGGUUUGAGCUGUUCCUCUUACGAAGAGCUACAAAGUCCAAAAGAAGUCCAUUUGUCAGUUGGUGAAACAAAUUCACCCAGCUGCUUGAGCCCAAAAAUAUGUGUGAGUCCAGAUGAGACCGAGGUCAUGCUAAACCUUACAGAUCAGGUGUUUUGCCCAGUAGAUGUGGAAGACCACAUUGCAAGUCCUGAUCUACUUCCGAGUCCAAAUGACCCAGAAAAUUACCUCAGCCCAAAUGACUCAGACGUAUGUCUCAGUCCAGAUAGUGAUGUAAAAGAAGAGGCAGGAAGUCUGAAUCUAACUGAGGCAAAUGCACGUGUUCACCCAGGAGAGAAAUUCAUUCUGUCAACAAAAGAGGACGGACAGUCGGUAUCGUUUAGUGGAGAUGGGUCAUUGCCAGAAGACAGAGAUACGAAAGUCAUAACGUCAGAGGGAAACCGGGGUGUGCUUUUUAGGCCAUUUAAAGGUUAUGAAGGAAGGGGAAUUAAGCUGAAUGGCACAAAGAUAAGUUCUAGACCAACCAGUCAGAGAAGCAGCCUUCAGGUGAGCAGCAGUCAUGGAGGCUCGGUGUUUGGAGAUGGACGAAGUAUCAUAGCAGACAGAGAGGAACAGCUUGGUUUUGGAGGCCUUUAUCGCAGAAGAGAUGCAAGAAGGUCCAGAGGCAAAGAUGUAAGUGGUCCUGCAGAUGAAGAUAAGAUAGGAGGUGUGACUAUGAAUAGAGGUAUGAGGGGGCAGAGAAACAGUGACUGGCAAGCGAAGAACCAAACAGGUAAUGCCGAAGAAGCAAGCUUUGGAAAUACCCUUUCCAACAGAGGAAUGGCCUUUAGCAAGCCAGGAGGUUUUAGCAACAGUGGAGAUGCACAAGUGGGUACAGCAGCGGUAAAGGGAAGAUUCAGUGGAGACUUGAUGGCUUAUGGUGGCUGCUUGGGACAUAUGAGUGUCAGCUUACCUAACUCAGGGAGAAAGGAACAUCUUCCAGAAGACGGGAGAUUUGGAAGUAGGGGGUGGAUGGUUUAUGGUGACAGUCUUAUACGCCAGAACAGCUUAGACGCUGGGACUAGCUUACCCAAUGAAAGGGGUGGAGAAAACUCAUCCAUGAACGGAAAUCUUGCGACAAGUCCACCAGAAGCAGGGAGAUUUGGGAGGAGAGGGAGUGCAGAGUGGAUAUUUUACGAAGGCAGUCUUGGACGUAAGAACAGCUGGGCUGGCAGCGAUAGCUCGCUGAGUGCUGAGAGCAAAGAACGCCUUUCACCUGCCACAAACUCGGCCACAACCCCACCAGGAGCUGGGAUAUUUAGCUGUGGGGAGUUGAAGGUUUACGGUUGGCAUGCUGGAUGCAUGAGCAGCGAUAGCAAAGACUGUCGCUCAGCAGCCACGCACAUAGCAACAAGCCCACCAGGAACACCAGGAGCAGGGAGGUUCAGCAGUGGGGCGUGGACAGUGUAUUGUGGGAGUCCUGGUCGUGUGAGCAGAGCUGAUAGUGCUGACAGGGUCAGCAGCAGCCAGAUGGUCAGUCCUCCCAGCAGCUACGUCAGCAGUGGGCGUAGACUCAACAGUGCUGGAAGUGGUGGCAGGCUGAGCUCGGCCAGUGUCGUGAGGCGCAGCAGCAGCGUGGGGAGAUUCACCGGCACGGGCAGCGGCGGAUGGAAACCUGUUUACAGCUCAGCGAGUGGGCACAGCGUGGGGAGUGCAGGGUGGGGCGGGGGAGAGAGGACAACCAACAGGCAAAGAGCUCCGAGCCCUGGGAGGAGGAUCGGGGGCAGUGGGGGGUGGCUAAGCAGUUCAAAGGCUGCUGGGAACCGGAUAACCGGCGCAGGAAGCGGAUCCAAAGUCGCUGGUAGCAGUGAUAGACUCAGCAGUCAUGCUGGAGGGAGGAUCAGCAGUUCAGGGAGGACCAAUAACACCGGGGGCAGGGUCAUCAGCAGCAGCGAUCGGCCAAUCAGGAGCACGGGAAGCCAAGCCGGAAGCAGCAAGGAGAAGAUCAGCGUCUGCAAGAUGGCGGCACUAAUGAUCUCAGCUGCAGGGAGGGAGAGAAGUCAGGAGAGACAACGACAAGCUCAGAGAGCCCGACAACCACGACAACAACAAGAACAACAACAGCAACCAUGACAACAACAACAAGAACAACAACAAAAGGCUGCAGGUGAGAUCAAAGUCGCAAAGACAACAAUACAAACACAUCUGAGGAGUUCAUGUCCAGCAUGAAGAGAAAGUAAUGCAGGCGACACGAGCAAUGACCUGAUCUGAAAUAAGAACAUCGUUGUGGGGUCUUUACUUUUCAGUAUGAAGCAGCGUCAGGUGACUGCUGUUGUGAUUCGGUGGCUUAUAAAUAAAGCUGAAUUGAACUGACGCAUGCACACGUUAACUUUCUCGGAUUACUGAGGCUGUUUUCAAACAUGCUGAAAAAAGAAAUCCAGGUGCUCGAACUCGGAGUAAAUGUUAUUCCCAACAGGCUUAAAACACACAAAGCCUGAGCUCAUGGAAAUCUGUGCUUUUGAGUCUAAAUGCCUGGAUCGACGCUUCUGACGUCUGCAUUAAUUUCUGUGAAACUAAAGAACAGUUGAUAGGUACAGCAGGGAGAAAACACGGAGCAUCUAACCUGUGUCGUAUGAAGAGGCAAAGCUGUUUGUUCCUUUGUUUUGUUUACAUACAGACCGUUUAUUUAUACGUUCAGAUGUUUUCAAACGUACGCGCUGUGAUGAAGCGUCACUCUGUUUAACAGCAGUAAGAAUGGCCUCUCUUGCCUUGCAGCUCCCUCGCCUCUCAUCCAGCGCUCGCUGACCACAGGUGUCACGGUCAUGACCUCUGACCCUGAGGGCAUUGAUGACAUCAUGCAAGUCUGAGUAGGGUGAUAUUUUCUGAUUCUUUUUCUACAUUAAAUAGUGAUUUUUUUCUCAUAAGGACAUUAAAGACUGACAGGAAGGACAUGCAGCAAAGGGCCGCAGGUCGGAUUCAAACCCGGGCCGGCCGCACUCAACCGUGCAGCAUAUGGCUGUCUGAUCAUCCCACUGAGCUGAACCAGUGCCCAUAGAUACUGAAUUUAAUGGAGCCAUGACCACACAGCAGUUUUUAUCUCUAUGUGUUGAAUAUUUUCAGCCUGACAGGUACAUAGGCAGCAGACAUCCUCGCCAAAUCUUUUGGCUGACAAACACUUUUAAGCUCUGAAGCUGUUUCAUUCACACUGAAAGUGUCACAGUCCAAAGACGAAAUCAGUGUUUUGUUUCCAAAUCUCAGAGAGUUAAAAUAUGAUGAUGCUGGAAGAAUGACGUGUAGAACAUGAUGCUGUUACGCAACAGUACAUGGAGGACAUGUACCGCAGUCACGUAUUUAAAAUACAAAACAUGAGUAACUGUAUUCAGUUACAGUUACAGUUGAAAAAGGUGGUAAUCAGAAUACAGUUACUUUGUUGAAAUAAGUGGAUUACACGGCGGUCUUUUCCUGUUUCAUAUGUUCGGCUCUGCUCUAUUUUUGGUAAUUCCACGCCGGUGGAAACCCAAACAAACACACAUUAAGAGGCUCUGAUGUCUCAGUCUCACGGCCCAGGUCACCUGUACUUGCAUCCUGGUGUUGGUGUGGAGAGUAACCUUCAGUAAUAGUAAUAGAUCACACAGCAAUAGGACAUUCAUGUAGUUGUAAAAAGCAUGAUAAUAUAUUAAGUAAUCCAAAGUAUUCAGAAUACGUUACAAAAUACAUUUUGGGGCAUGUAAUCUGUAAUCUGUAGUGGGAUACAUUUUAACAGUAACCUUCCCAACACUGUUAACAAAUACAUGUUAAAAAGAAGACAUAUGUUUCACAUUUAGAGGACAAACCACAGGUUUGGGCUUUAAAUGGUUAAGAGUCUCAUCAGCUGGUGUCAUUUCCUUAGUUAAUAAUAACUUAGAUUUGUAUGACAUCGUACAAGAAAACCACCUUUUAACGUUUGUCUUCUUUAUGCGGUGAAACAAAGCAGAUUCUUCAGGUGUUGCAGUGACAUCAGGAGGCAAAGGUGCUUCAUCAGCUUCUCCUAAAAGUUCAUGUUGAGCAACAUACGACAGUAAGCACCAGGAGCAGAUUAACGUUGCAGUCUUAUCCUCGCUGGGGAUUGUUUUUAAAUGUCGAGUCCAAUAACAGCUUGUUCAGGUUCUGUUUUCCAUCUUUAUCAGCAUCCUUCUGUGUUAACCAGAGAAAUCUAGUUUGUACACUUUGACCUGGAAAAUAAAGCUGAAUAUUAAUCUGUGCCCCGUUUCCUCUUUAAGAACAUGAAAGCGAUAAAGUCAUGAACCACCCAAAGUGUCUGAUGAGAACGUUUUAACUCAGGUUGUGAAACAGACUCAAACAGACUCACUGCUGCUGGCUUUGUAAAGUAGUUUAGUUCUGUAGCUCUUAGUGAAACACGCAGGAAGAGCACAGUGGGCUUUCCUUCAUCAGCAGCCUGAACGCAGGGAAAACCUCUGAAAUCUGAGGUCAAUGAAUACACGGCCUCCACCUAUGACUGCUGCACAUUCAGUCUAACCACCAGAGGGCAGCAGAGACAAAGUGACCUUCCUCCAUACUCUCUCCUCAUCUUCUUACUCAGUGGUGCAUCAGGAGUCUUUCUCCGUGAAUCAUAUUGAAAUGAUAAGUAUGUUUGUAAAAAUCAGGCAUCAUUUUAUCAGCUCUAGUUUUUGAGUAUUUUCAGUGUAUUCAUACAUUGUUAGGUUCAUGUUCAGCUGCUCAUUAAAGCAAAUUUCAGCUGGACGCGGUGAAGAUGACCUGCUGACACAGGUAAAUAUGGAGCUCACUGCACACCUGUGACUAUAAUUAUUUUUAUACUUUCCCAAAGCUGAAGUUCUACAAACAAGACGGGACUGAAUUAUAGGUCUCCUGCUUAAAUUAUAUUCAAGCUCACAGUUUGCAUCAUUGGGGGAUGACUGAGACUGACAGGUGGAUCUGCUAGCUGUCUGAUAGGUAUCAAUACACCCCAAAACCACAGGCUGUCACAUCCCUGAGCAAAGAUCGAAACAUCACCAUAUUACCAGCCGUCUAAACACAACGGAUUAUCACACAAAUUUACUACACUCCUCAGAGACAACAAUACCUAUGAAGCCUGAACACAAGACCCCACAAGCAAGAACAGAAAGAAAGUUAUCAGUUUACUACAGCAACUUGAAAAGGAUUAGAGCUGAGGAUAGAGUUGUGGCCAAAGGUUUUGAGAAAGACACAAAUAUUGGUUUUCACAAAGUUUGCUGCUUCAGUUUUUAGAAUAGCAUAUUGCAUAUACUCGAGAACGUAAUGAAGAGUGAUCAGAUGAAUUGCAAAAGGAGCUGCUGGCAUCAUUUCAAUAAUCUUCUCAUUAACUCAGGUGAGAAUGUUGAUGAAGAAGAUGAAAGAUGAUUCAGCUGUGGGAUCGCCACUCCUGCGGUUUGCACAGGAAUGGCAGCAAAGACUUUUGGAAGAUGGCCUGGUGUCAAGAAAGUCAGCAAUGAAGCCACUUCUC